GUCACCUGGGGAGAGCGGCCAGUGACCUUGACUAGCUCCUCUGUGGGACUCUGCUCCUAAAUCUUGACUGCUGGCCCAGGCCUGGCCUUGGGGAGGUGAAAGAGGGUGUAACUUGUGUUCAAACCAGGCAGGGACUUCGGGAGGAAGGGACCUGGAAGGGAUCAGGUGAGCUGUCACUCCAGGCCCCUCUAGCCCCUGUUCAAGCCCCACGUGUGCUGGGCUACACGUACAGGCUGGAGGGGUCUUCCUAGCCAGUCUGUCCCCUCUGUAUGCUGAGGACUGGCCAGGAGAUCACUGGGUGCCGUGUCCUGCCAGAGGGAUUCUUGUGACAGCAGAGGCCCCAGGCUGGGCCAGGUGCUGGCUGCGGAGGGUUCGUGUGAGGCCUGUUUCUCACCACUGCUGGCAGGCCCACUGGGGAAGGAUUGCUCUGCAGCUUCCUGAGCCAGUCCCCUGGUGGGAAGCAGGCAGCUGUCUCAUGGGUGGUGUGGGCACCUAGCGGCCCCUCCCUGCCCCAUCAGCCAGGCCCGAGGGUGAGGCUGGGCCCCUGCACCUAGUAGGUCUGCAUCUUCAGACAGGAGGGUUGAAGUAAAGACCAGGUGUGCAGUGCAGGUGAGUGCUGCAGGUAAGUGGUGUUCUGGGAAACCUUCGUCUUGGUUAGGCACAAUGACAGUCAUCAACUGGGUCACAGUUGGUUUGGGAGCCACUGCAGGUUGCCUGGGGCUCAGCUGGCAGGAACAGCUACAGCCCUGUCUCAGCACUCAGAUGUCUGAGUCAGUGUUUGUGGUGGAGGUCAUUGACAGCCCAGAGGGCUGCUUGUGAGGGUCGAGAGAAGGUUGAAGCAGGAGAGAGACCCCCUUCCCAUCCCUCCAGCAUGGUUCCCACUGGCCAGCUCCCUCCCCGGCUUCCCCAGAAUGAGUGGCCAUUGGAAUUCUGCACCCUGUCCCUUCUGAUGGGCUGGGCACAGGACAAUGGGAGGACAUUUGUGGGCCGCAUCCCCCAGGCAGACAGGAGGAAGCCACAUCCCAGUGUGCUGGGGCAGAGGGACCCCUGGGUCCUGACAGGUGCCUUAUCAGCAGGUGCCAGGCGAGGCCAUCCCCAGGGUGGGAGUGACAUCUCCCUGGGCCCUGUUAUCAGUCAAAGAGUCCACAGCACACUCCUCAGGUUAACGUGUAACCACAAGCCCUCCCCUUCGCCCCCGGAAGCCAGCAGCUCCCAGACACAGGCCGCUCUGGGGCUGUCACAGGCCAACAUGGACGCUGGCAAGGAGGGGCUGCCCCUGAGGAUCCACUGCUUAGUCCAACCCCCGAACAUCUGCAGGUGGCUGAGCCCCUUCUUCCUCACCUGCUCCAUCUACUUCCUGCUCUGGAUUCCCGAGGACCAGCCAUCCUGGGUCAGCGCCCUGGUCAAGUGCCUGCCCAUCCUCUGCCUGGCUGCGUUCCUGUGGGCCGUGCCCUCGGGCGGGGACUACACCCGGCUCCUCCAGGCAGCCCUGGUGUGCUCAGCCGUGGGGGACGCCUGCCUAAUCUGGCCCGGGGCCUUCCUCGCUGGCAUGGCUGCCUUUGCCUUGGCCCACGUCCUCUACUCCUGGGCCUUUGGCUUCUCUCCCCUGCGCCCAGGACUGCUGCUGCUCAUCCUCCUGGCCCCCGUCCUGAGCUACAGACUCCUGUGGCCGUACCUCGAGCCUGGCAUGGUCCUGCCCAUGGCAGCCUACGAGCUGGUCCUGAGCGUCAUGCUGUGGCGGGGCCUGGCCCGCGGCGGCAGUGCCGGCUGGGGGGCCCUGCUCUUCGCCGUCUCUGACGCCGUGCUGGCCUGGGACACCUUCGCCCAGCCCCUGCCCUACGCCCGCCUGGUGACCAUGAGCACCUACUAUGCCGCCCAGCUCCUUAUCACGUGGUCAGCCCUUGGCAGCCCGGGGCCCAAGACCGACUGACUCGGGGGCCAGCCAGGCUGGCGUCCAUGUCCUCCCCUUCUGCAAGGACUCCCACCUGGGAAACGCUCUCCGCCUGGAAGCUUCCUGACUCCUGUCUGUGGGCGCUGGGCCAUCUCAAGACAUUUGGGGACCAUUUGGGGAAUUCAAAGUCCACCGCCGGGUUCUGGCCUCCCUCCCUCAGUUCUGAUUCCAGGCUCUGCAGCCAGACCCACCCUAGGCCCUCCCCAGCUCCUGCCUGCUUCUGUGUUCCCCGUCGGCCCCACGGUCGGCCAGCCCCCUCCCCACUGUUGUCUGAUUUUCAUUGCCUAAGUAAAGGGAUGUGGAAAUGUC